UACUUCCGGUCUAAUUCUGAACUUCCGUUUUGGAAACGAGAUCUCUGAAUUUAUUGAAAACGUUAAAUAAUUUAUGUUUCUAGAAAUUCGCUGAUCAAAAACAGUCAAUAUGCCUACUGCUCUCGUUAUUUUGUGCGAUGGCGCCGAAGAAAUGGAGACUGUCAUUAUUGUUGAUGUUCUCAGACGUGGUGCGAUUGAUGUAACCUUGGCGGGUUUAACCGGAGGUGACCCAGUUCUCUGUAGUAGAAAUGUUCGUAUAGUACCAGAUAAGAGUCUAGAAGAAGCUAGUAAAGAUGGACCAUAUGAUAUCAUUGUUUGUCCUGGUGGGGCCAAGGGUGCCAAAAAUCUUUGUGAGUCUGGGGUGGUUGGAAAGCUGCUACAAGCUCAAGAAUCAAAUGGAAGAUAUAUUGCUGCUGUGUGUGCUGGCCCCACUGCUCUGUUAACCCAUGGUAUAGGUAAAGGAAAGUCUCUGACUUCACAUCCCAGUGUAAAAGACCAAUUAAUGGCAGAGGGCUAUCAGUAUUCUGAAGAACGAGUUGUUCAAGAUGAUAAACUAAUCACCAGUCGAGGACCAGGAACAUGUUUUGAGUUUGCUUUGAAAAUCGUCGAAGCCAUUCACAGCGCUGAUGUAGCCAAGUCAUUGGUUGAACCAAUGUUAUUGAAAUUGUAAAACCAGUGCUGAAAGGACUUGGUUUACGGUUUAUACGGUCAUUGCUGGCGUCUGCCAUACCUUCCUUCUUGUAAACACUCCAGAGGUCAAAGGUGAUGAAGAUUUGCUAAAGGUUUAUGAUCAGAAAAAGUUGUCGGUGGGAUUUUGAAAAACUUAGAUCAAUAUUUUUGUUUUAUUUGUCUGUUGAUCAAGACUGUUCCCAUGUUCAGUAUUGUGUGUAAGCCAAUUGACGUGAUACCCUAAGUACUCCCCUUAAAUUUGAUUUACUAAUUCCUAAUCAAAGUUUGUUUAAUGGGAUUUUUAAAAGAUUUGGUAGAAUUGUGUCAUUUAGAUGUUUUCUAUGGGAAUUCUAUAGUUCUUUGGUUUAUGUUUAGAGCUCAUGAAUGUAGUAAAAGAUAAUUGUUUGUUUAAUUAUGUGAAAGUGAAAUCUGUAUCAAUUUUAUUUUAACUUUAGCUUAGUUAUAUUUUCUUUGCUACUUUGUAAAGUAUGUUGACUUCAUUGCCGUAGCGUCAUGUGAAAUAGCUUUAUUUAACGUCAGCUUCCACUGAAGUGAUGUCGCGAAAGUGAUGUCACGAUAUAUGGAUAAAGCAUCUCCCCUUAAAGUAUGAUCACUCACACAUAUGUUUCCCUAGCGAUUUAAAUACAUUAUAUAUCUUCACUUCUUUGUAAAGUAUGUUGACUUAUGUUUCCCUAGCAAUUUAUACUUAAACUAUAUCCGAUUCUUUGGAAGGUAUGUUGACCCUAGCAAUUUAUACAUAAAGUUUAAUUUAGGUUAUCUCCCCUUAUUUUUAAAGCAUGUUGUUAUUGUUUUAACUUACAUUCCCCCCAUAUAUCCAUAAAAUUCAAUUAAACUGAAGGCUAAGUUAGAUUAUCUACCUUUAUUGAAGUAAAGACCACUAAUCGCUUCCUCUUGACUUCAAGAUACACGAGUGUAGCCAAGGUUUUGUGAAUAAUCAUGAUUUUGAGGCAGGAUCAGGAAAUAAAAAGGCAUGUAUUAGUGAAGUCACGCAAGUUAAGCCUAUAGAUUUCAUUGGCUAGGUUUACCAAAAAGUCAAGAUGAUCAGUCUCCCUCAAUAUCUUUAUCAAAUUGAUUUUGACAUGUUGAACUUUCUGUGGUUAUACAGAUUAAUAUCAUUUAAAUAUUUAAAAAAAAAAUGUUAUAGGCCAAGGAAUGGCAUAGAUUUAACAUUGUAGUCUUUGGGGAGAAGAUUUCUUGUCGGUUUAGAUUAUCUCCCCGUCUUUAGAACUUUUAUUUUGAAGAGUAGGGUGUUAUCUUAUGUUUGUUACCCCAGUCAUUUAUUAUUAAGUUGAACUAAUUUGAAAUAAAAGAUUUAUUACUUAUAAA